GCGCAUAAAACGCCCACGGCUGUAAGAUCUCAAGGCAAAGAAAUGAAGAUCCGGAGUCAAACCUGUCAAACUAUAGGAGGCAAAAAGAAGCAUUUUAUCCCUGGAUACAACAAAAUCGCGCAUAUGACAUUCACUUGAUUUGGCGAUGUGAACAACACGCGGCGCAAAAAAAAAAAAAAAAAAAAAAAAAGAAAAAAAAAAAUUUAAUAACAAAAACUAUUCAUAAAUGUUUAGUCUAACUGUUAUUGUACUUUCCAUAAGGCAUGAUUCCUCCGUUUAACAUUUUAUUUCAUGCGAAGCAAAGACACUCAUGGGAUGUUGGACAACGAGUUUCAACUUCGGACACCUGAAGGCGCACUCCAAGGUGUCCGUUUUAUUUACCAUGAUCCUAAUUUUCACGUAUUUAUUCUAUUGCCUCACUGGAUACUGCGAUUCCAUGCCGACUCCACUGUACGUCCAUCAGAGGUUUAGAAGCAAACUUUUCCCGAAGGAAGGGAAUAAACUUCAGCCGGACGCGCACUGGAACAUCUCCAUCGUUCGCGAGCUCCCCGAGUCCAACAAGCUGGACUCUGAUGCGAAAGACGUGGAGGAUGAGAAACGGCAACGCGGUUUAGGUUAUGAAAACUUCAACAACCUGUCGGUGUCCAACAACUUUGGGACCAAAGAGUUUCCCCAGGCGAUUAUAAUCGGCGUGAAAAAGGGGGGAACUCGCGCGCUUCUGGAGUUCCUGCGCGUGCACCCCGAUGUGAGAGCCGUGGGUGCAGAGCCGCACUUCUUUGACAGGUUCUAUGACAAGGGUCUCCAGUGGUACAGGAGUUUAAUGCCUCGUACUUUAGAGGGCCAGAUCACCAUGGAGAAGACGCCCAGCUACUUCAUCACCCGUGAGGCCUCUCACAGAGUCUUCUCCAUGAGCCGUGGCACAAAGCUCAUCGUUGUCGUCCGAGACCCCGUGACCCGGGCCGUGUCGGACUACACUCAAACUUUGACCAAAAACCCUGGCCUGCCAUCUUUCCAGAAUCUAGUCUUCAAAAACUUCACCACUGGUCUCAUUGACACUUCCUGGAGUGCUGUUCGCAUAGGGAUUUACUCCAAACACUUAGAGAAUUGGCUCAGGUAUUUCCCGCUCUCACAGCUUCUAUUUGUGAGCGGCGAGAAGCUUGUAACCGACCCCGCUGGAGAAAUGGGGAGGGUGCAGGAUUUUCUGGGUCUCAAACGGGUGGUGACCAAUAAGCACUUUUACUUUAACCAGACUAAAGGCUUCCCAUGCCUCAAAAAGCCGGAAGGGAGCAGCAGACCACGAUGCUUGGGGAAGUCCAAAGGAAGACCUCAUCCAAACAUACCAGUGGAGGUGCUGCACAGACUCAGGGACUUCUACAGACCUUUUAACAUGAAGUUCUACCAGAUGACUAGUCAGAACUUUGGCUGGGACUGAAGAGUUGUGAUAAUGCAAUAAGGCAGUGAUUCCUUACUCCAGAAUUUGGAUGGGACCUCCAGACUGAUCGUUAUUAUACUAUCCUUAAAUUGACACACCUGGUUCAGUGUAUCAAGGGUUCGUUGACUGGUGGCUUCAUUAAAUCAUGUGUUAUUUCAGGGAUAAAAUGAAAGCAUUCUAUGAGGGACUUCCUGAGCAAAAUUUGGAAUUUAAUUCAUUUUAGAAAUUGAAUUGAAUUGGCCAUGGCCCAGAGGAUAUUGAAAUGGAAUUUUAAUGACAGGAAGAGGGAUUUGCGAAAUUGCCACUCAGAGAAAUUAAACAGAAGAAUUUUUCAAAAUGUUUACGUUACAUUUCUUCUCAACAGAUUUGACAUAUUUCUCUAAACUUACAACAGUAUCGUCACAGCCAUCAUAUUUGUUGUCAUACAGCAGGGUCAGAAAUGAACUUUUCCAUUAAGGGGUAAAGUUUGCCCCCUGGAUUUGAUUUUCAUGGGCAUUUUAUAAUUUAUAGGGCAUUUUUUUACAGGCUAUACCAAAUAAAAAUAUAAGGGGUCAUCCUUUUAUGUCUAAUACAUACAUUGUCUAUUUGUUCUUCUCAAUUUAUUUCUGCCAAAAAGAGUAAGAACGUGGAUGUUCUCAUUCAGCCGCCAUUAUAUAAUAGACACAAGCCACAGAGAAUAAUAUUCAAAAUGAAUAUUUUGCAUUAAAAAAAAUUAUUUUAAUUGAAAUUGGACUAUGUUAUGUUGCCUCUUUCAUUUAGAUUAUAGACCUACAUUCAUUUUCCUUGUAUGUUUUUUAAUGACUGGUGGUUAUUCAAAUAAGCAUUCAUGAAAUUCUCUCUAAGAUGUCUUUCCAUAGUAAACUGAGGUGUGUAACCCUGUCUUAUUUUAAACUCUUAUGUUUUCUCAAAAUAAUCAUUAGAGGUUUUAUACAGGAAUGAAUACAGGGCUAUGCAUUAUUCUGAAGCAAAUAUCUCCUCCUGAUUAAAACUGUUCUGCUUCUGCUGUAAAUUGCUAUUAUUUAUAUUUAAGAAUGUAAAUAUUUUAAAGGCAUUUCAUUUUGUUCAACAUGCCAGUGAUUUUUCUGGUUCCCCGAUUAUUGUUUUUGAUCUGCCAGUGUCCAAAUAUAUAUUUAAAAUCAAUGAGCAGCUUUUUUUUUUUUUUUUGCUUUUUUUUUUUUUUUUAACAUAAAUUAUCCUUUUAUCACAUUCUUAUAAUUUGUGUUUCUUCUCCCUGAUCAAAUAUAGAUGAGAUUUAUAUUAGCUAAUCAUUUUCAGUCAAUUGUAA